CUGCCUAGAUUUACGGCAGAAGAACCUUUUUUAAGAUGAAGUGUAUCCAGGCAGUCAAAGUACCAUAAAUAGGAAAUAUCUAGAAAUAUCUAUUUGUUUGCUUGAACUGAUCCGGCAACUAAUACCUGCCUCACCUCCAUUAUCCGCAACACUGUUGUCUCCUUGUGGAGGAUGGAAAAAGAAAAAGAAAAAGAAACGGCUAUAAAGAUGAGUCUGCUCCAACUCAGAAAAUUCCUGGCACCAAAUUCUUUUGAUAUCUCUGCAAGAAAAGAAAGAAGAAUACAAGACAGAAUAGAAGGUAAAAGAUGUUAGAAGGGAAAGCAACGAUCCAAGACACCGAUAUGCCAAUAGAGAUGCAGUUCCAAGCCAUGUCCUCCGCUUCGGAAGCUCUCGACCUCUUCGAUGUCUCGGACUGCACAAGCAUCGCGGCUCACAUCAAAAAGGAAUUUGACAUGAUAUAUGGGCCUUGCUGGCAGUGUGUGGUGGGAUCAAGCUUCGGCUGCUUCUUUACCCACGCGCAAGGGACCUUCAUCUACUUCAGCUUGGAAUCUCUCAAGUUCCUCAUCUUUAAAGGAGUUGCAGCAUAGCACAUACCUGGGUCUUUCUUUACCCACGCGCAAAAGACCUUCAUCUACUUCAGCUUGGAAUCUCUCAAGUUCCUCAUCUUUAAAGGAGUUGCAGCAUAUAUAGCACAUACCAGCUGCGUCUUUCUUUUUCUGAAGGUGAAUAACUGCAUUUUUUUUGAGCCUACGAAGAUGGAAGAAUAAGAACCGGGAUACCAUACGGUCUUUCGUAAAAAGUUGGAAGGAACUUGCGCGCAUACUUGUAGAUAACUUUCCGUCGUAUGUACUAGUGUUUGUGUCAGCCAUGUUGGCUAUUGUCGAUGAAGUAAUUUGAUCUGCAUCUUUUUCGGACCCAGUUUUAACUGGCAUUGUUACUAUUUACUGGACUCCAAAUCUAUGUUUAGAAUGAUCGAAUCAAUUCA